GGUUUUGGCAAAUCAAUAAGAAUAAUGGGAUACAAGAUAUUACGAAUAGUGAAGUGAUUUGAUUCCUAAUUGAAUUUAUGGGAAUUUUAAGCAAUGAAACAAGUGGCCGCUUGAUUUGUUACAAUAAUAAAUAUAGCUCUAGUUUAUUUGAUAAAUGAGCUAUUCAAAAAACAUUUAAGUUUCAAUAUUGAUAAAUUGAUAGGUUCUGUUAUUGUUUUAAAAUGACAAUACAGUUCAGUGCUCAUUGCAUCGAUUUUAAACCAAUUAUCUUCAGUAGAAGUCAACCCCUAUUUAGGGGAGUUUUAAAUAAAUAAACAAUUUGAUUUUUUUUUUGAGAAAAGCUAUCUUCGAAUAUAAGUAGGACGGGUGUUAUUUAUUAACAACCAAUAGGUCCAGUUUUUGGUGCUGAAUAACUGCUGUCAGAUUGAAUCGAAUUUUCAAACCAACUCAAAUGACAAAUUUGAAUCUGCAACUGUGCCAAUUUGCUGAAUACAAACAACCAAACAUUCCAAACCCUGGUGAUACCUUUAUUUCCAAAGCAGAUGUGAUGCAAAAGAUUAAAAAUGAAUGGUCGCAAAAAAAUGGAGUCGGGUUGUGUAUUAAAUACAACGACAAAUACAGAAUGGUAUUCAAAUGCCAAUUCCAUGGCACAAAAGUAAUUACACCAGAGAGUUCAAAACGCCAAAGAAAUUCUAAAAAACUUGGAUGCAAGUUUGAAAUCAAAGUGAAAUUUGUCAAGCUGCUUCAACUGUGGCAAGUGGUAGAAGGCCACAACACACACAAUGGACAUCUGUAUCUAUUGUACAAAGAAGACCAGACUAUGCUACGAAAACGUUCACCAGAAGUGAAGAGAAUGAUUCAGCAAAUGGUUAAUGCUGGCAAGUAUGACACUGCUACUUUGUACAAUCUAAUUCGACAUCAUUUUAAUAUCCCAAUAAUAAAAAAGGAUUUAUUAAACGACAUUGCUGCUGCAAAACGUAAAUUGAAACUGUCAACACCAACUGAUGCAAAUAGUGGUCUUUGAUAUAUACCACUAAUUGAUGAAAUCCUAAAUUAUUAUUCAUGCACUACAAAUUGUGCAAUUACGAAUUCAAUAUUUAUUGCAAUGAUAUGUUUUUGUUAGAUGAUAUUUUAUUAGUUUGAUAAUAGUUUGUAUAUUGCUGCCCGAGUGAAUGACAUUGCAUCACCAACAGCUACAUUUAUGUUUCUUUACUCCUUAUAUCUUAUAUGCUUUAUAUACCUAUCGCAAGAUUGUGAUUCUCUAAUAAAUCAUUAUCAAGCUUUGAAAUCACAAAUGUUGCGUCAUCGUGCACGACCCGCAUCUGUGGUUUACUUUGUUGCUUUUUGACC